AUGUGUGCUCAGCCCCCGGUUAUUGAGACAGAGGGUACUAUUUACAAAGGAACGUUCUUGAGAAACAACACCGUCGCUACUUUCUACGGUGUUCCCUACGCAGAGCCUCCCGUAGGAGACAGGAGAUUUCGUGCACCUGUUCCCAUCAAACGACGGCACGGUCCAGGCAAAACUGUAGUCGACGCUUCGAAAGAGCCAAACUUCUGCAUCCAAUCGCUUUACGGUCCGACCGCAACGGUCCACGGCGGCGCCGGUUCGGAGGACUGUCUGCAUCUCAAUAUAUACGUGCCCCCACGCGUACUCCGCUCAAGGCCUUCCUCGGCGAAACUUCCUACUCUCGUCUACAUUCACGGCGGCGCUUUCAAAGCAGGAAACCCUCUCGCGUGGCCCUUUGACCAUUGGGUGGAACAAUUCCCGGACGUCGUCGUCGUGUCGGUAUAUUAUCGUCUCGGGAUCUUUGGUUUCCUAUCAGCACCAAACGCAAAGGGUGCCCUCGAUUACAAUGCCGGCUUCCUGGAUCAACUCGCGGCUCUCAAGUGGGUAAAAGAGAACAUUGCCAAUUUUGGAGGAGAUCCGCAAAAGAUCACCAUCAACGGACAGAGCGCGGGUGGCCUGUCGAUGGAGCUUCAUCUCGUAGCAAAUGGGGGGAAACAGACACUCUUCCAACAAGUCAUUGGACAAAGCAUGUGGCGGAUUCCAUUGAUGCAGAUAUCGGAAACACAGGCACCGUUCGAUUUCAUCAUGGGAGAAGCGGGCUGUAAUAUCGCCGGAUAUUCAAACGUCCAAAAGAUUGACUGCUACAGAGGCAAGGACAUCCCUACGCUUAUGCGCUCGUCAGAGAACGCCAUGAUCAAGAACUCGUCCUGGACGCCAUACCCAGUUAUUGACGGCACCAUACUCCCCGGGCGACCUACGCAGCUCAUCAACCAGGGCAAAUUCAGCAAGGUCCCUGUGCUCGUCGGCGCCACGACGGAUGAAAACUUCUUCUUUACAAGCUCUCUCCAGACUGACUUCAACAUGUGGUGGCCAGCAAUGACGAAUCUCAGUGCUAUCCAACAGGUUUAUCCCUCGAGCGACUUUGCAAACGAGACUAUUCGCGCGCAGACAGCAAAUGGUGAAACCAUGUUUAGAUGCCCUCGUGAGCAUGUCGCUGAAGCGCAAACUGCGGCCGGACAAUCGGCCUAUGCCUAUCGAUUCGAUUCAAUGAAUCCAACGCAGCAAGGACCUCCCCUUGUAGGACACUCGGCGGAAAACUGGUGGAUGUUCCGUGGCGUGAAUACAGUGGAGAAUGGUACAUACGCCUUCACACCCUUCAACUCCACAUCCCAAUCCACCUUCGCUAAGGAGCUCUUGGCGUACUGGGUGUCGUUUGUACGCAGUGGGGAUCCGAAUGUUCACCGCCUCGAGGGAUCUCCCAUCUGGCCCAAGUGGGAGAAUGGCUACGUCGGCGGUAGCUCUGCUAGCCCAAAAGGGAAGAGGAUGGUUCUCAAGGAAGGGAGUACGACUGGAUAUAGGGGCAAGUACCAAUCUGGAAGUCGUGCGGAGCAAGAGCCAGCAAAAGAACUCUCAAGAUGUCAUGCUGUUGAUGCGCUGGCACCAAAUCUUCACAUUUGA